AUAUCAAAGGGAGGUUACUCUAAUCUUUGUAUGACCGCUUAAUGGAGUUACGUCCCCUCGAUGUUUCGCCAAAUGUUGAAAGAGUUGUUUGAAAGUUAUUGAAAUCGAAUAGAUCUGUGAUGCAAUCAUGUUACAAGGGUCUGUUCAUUUCAACCGCCAAGGCGGUAAGGUUGUCAUAUUUUCCUGUGUGGCGGAGACACUUCAUUAGAAGGAGAAUGGAUGACAUUCAGAAAUGGAUUCAGUGUGGACGAUACCGGGUGUUUGCGUGGUCGAUAGCAGGCAUGGAGACAAGCGUGGUGGUGAAGUCUAACGACCUACAGGUUGCCUUUGACAUGGGCUAUUCAUCGAGGGAGAGUAUCAAGUGCAGGGAUGUAUUUAUCAGCCAUGGCCACAUGGACCACAUCGCGGCACUGCCUCACCACGCCACCAAGCGAAGUCUGUUCAGUCUUCCCGCCAACUACUACGUCCCCGCACAUCUCCCCGACCUCAUCCGAUCUGUUGCCCAGGGAUACAAGACUAUAGACGAGACAACCACAGCUCUGACCAACAUGAGCAUUGUACCACUCGGUCCAGAUGACGUCGCCAAGCUGCCUAAAGGGUACUUUGUGAAGUCAUUCCCCACGGUCCACCGCAUCCCGAGCCAGGGCUACAUCGUGUACAAGACGAGCCAGCAGCUGAAGCCAGAGUACCAGGACCAACCUGGCGCUGACCUUGGCGCCCUACACAGGAGUGGUGUACAGAUACAUGACACCGUUACCACGCCAGAGAUAGCCUACCUAGGUGACACAACCUUCGAAGUAUUUCUUUCACCUCCAACCCCUGACCUGUUGAAGGUCAAGGUCAUCAUAACUGAGGCGACAUACAUUGAGGAGAAAAGCCAGCAAGGAUUAUGUUCAACAGCUCGGGAACGAGGCCACACGCAUUUGUCCGAGAUAGUGUCAAACUCACAUUUAUUUGAUGAGGUGGACAAUAUAGUGAUCAUGCAUUUAUCAGACAAAUACUCUGUGGACUUUAUCAGGGACAGGUGUACUGAAAUGAUCCCGCUGCCAUUUAGAAGAAAAGUCAGGAUUGCCACUCUGGCUAAGGAGCAGACAUCAUGAUGAUGUUUUCAAACUAGUAGAGUCAAUACCUACAACUGCCUUGGAGUCACUGUGUCAAUGUUUUUGUUUUAGUGGCAUUGUCUCUGUCAUUCUGACUGUGCCAUUGUUUCAGUGACAUUAUGUCUGUCAUUGUCAGUGACAUUGUGUCUGUCAUUGUCAGUGACAUUAUGUCUGUCAUAGUCAGUGACAUUGUGUCUGUCAUUGUCAGUGGUAUUGUGUCAAUGUCAUUGUGACUGUGUCAUUGUGUCAGUGACAAUAUUUCAGGAUCAUUGUGUCAGUGCAAUUGUGUACGUGUCCUUGUUCCAGCAGUAAUACAGUGUUUUGGCCAUCUCCCCCAUCAACGCAAAUAUUAUUGUAUUCAUACUGCCCGCUCUUGGACUCACAGAGUAAAACAACAUCUUUCUCAUCUCCAUCACUGUGUGUUACUAUGGUUACUGAGAUAUUUACUGUGGCUGUAUUUAUUGUCAACCACAAUAGUUGCUAGAAUGUUUGAUUACUAUGGCGUUAUCUAGUUGUUGUGUUUCAUAAUGGAGACAUCAUGAGAAUGUGUUGAUUUACUUCCGAGGUUAACCGAUUCUUUGACUUAAACAAUUUUGUGAUGUGGACACAAUUUCUCUACUGUUUUGUAUGAUGGCUAAUAUUUGCAUCAGUUGUUGAAAUGCAUGUUCAGAAGCGCUGGUGAGUUCUUUACUCAGAAUAAGUGGCAGGAAAAUAGCGGGACAUCAUAGAAUUGGUUUACACAUGAUCAUUAAUUUUGUACUUGUUAUAUAUUUGUAAAAGACAUAUUUGAAUAUACAUUCAUCAGGUUACCAUCUUUGACUCUUGAAAGAAACAUCUCCCAAAUCCUAAUGCCCAUAGGUUUGAAACUUCUCUAUGGAUAUGAUAGGAUAUAUACUGCAUAAAAUAAGUUAAGGAUAUUGGUAUUUGUAUAAUUGAUAAUUUAUCAGUGUGUCAAUGAAUGAAUAGAUCAUUAUUCAUAGUUUCAAAAUGUACAUAUAUCCCUAACUACUUUUGGCCAGUAUAUUUAGAGAUGACAUUUGGUGUAUAACAGAGUCAUUUUAUUGUGUGAAUGUUGCUGGAAUUUGGUGAAUGAGUGAGUGAGUGUAUAGUUUUGCGACACUUUUAGCAAUAUUCCAGCGAUACCAUGGCGGGGGACACCCAAAAUGGGUUUCACACAUUGUGCCAAUGUGGGGAAUCAAACCUGUAUUAUCAGAAUGAUGAGCGAAUGCUUUAACAUCAGGCUACCCCUCUGCCCCAUUUGAUGAAUGAAUGGUAUUUCGGAUUGCAAAACCACAGCAACAUAUACUUACAUGCAACUAUCGCCUUCAUUUUGUGGACUUAAUCUCCUAUACAUUAUCCAUAUCUAUGUUUUGAGUAGAAACCCUGUUAGUGUGAAGUGAAACCUUUCUCAUGGUUCAUGCUGUCAGUAGUGCAAAACUAUGGUAUGUGUUGAGACACUUUCUGUGUGAAUCUAUAUUUAGCUGAUAACCCUGCUGAGACUGCUCUGUUGUUUAACAUUCAAUACAGUUUGGUAUCUUGUGGGAUUAGCUCGUCCAGGUGAGUGAGUAUGAUUCUACGCCCACCUUUUGCAAUAUUCCAGCAAUAUAACGGCGAAGGAUACCAGAAAUAGGCUUCACACAUUGUAUCCAUCUGGGAAAUCAAACCCGGGUCUUUGGCGUGAUGAGCCAAUGCUUUAACCACUAGGCUACCCCACCUCCCGUCAUCCAUUUGAAAAAAUGCUCAUACAGAAAUAAAACAAGCAACACAAUGAGUUCUUGUUCUCAGUGAGUGAGUGAGUUCUUGUUCUCAGUGAGUGAGUGAGUGAGUGUAGUACAUUGCUCUCGGCAGUAUUUCAGCAAUAUUGGGACAGGUGCACUGAGAACUGGUUUCACACAGAGUACAAAGUGAAGAAUUGACAGAUCUAUACUUUAUCCACAAGACUCCCCACCACACAAGUAGAGUUUCUUAGGGUUACACCCAGCUCUAGUUCUUGUUACCUCCGACAUUUGUAAUAAUUCCAUUGAAAUAAACAGUUUUACUGUUA